AUGAUGAAAAGCUCUUUCUCUGUAGAGGAUAUCAAAUCAUCACUGUUUAAAAUGCCGCUGAAUAGGACACCUGGUCCAGAUGGUUUUCCAGUGGAGUUUUUUAAACGAGGUUGGGAAGUGUUAGGUGAGGAGAUUACGGUCUCUGUUCAGAAUUUCUUCUUGUCCCCGUUCAUGCCCAAAGCACUAAAUUCUACCUCUUUGAUUCUGAUUCCAAAAAGGAGGGGAGCUGAUGAGUUGAAGGAUUUCAGACCCAUCUCCUGCCUAAAUACUAUCUACAAGCUGAUCUCCCGGCUGCUCUCAGAUAGGUUGAAGAGAAUUCUACCUAAAUUGAUCUUGCCAAAUCAAACGGCAUUCAUAAAAGACCGGCUACUUUUAGAGAAUGUCUUUUUAGCUGCUGAAGUUAUAAAGGGAUACCAUCGCCAAAAUCUUUCUCCCAGAAUCACGUUGAAAGUAGAUAUAGCGAAAGCCUUUGAUUCCAUGAGGUGGGAUUUUAUUCUUACUUGUCUGUCUGCUUAUAAAUUGCCUGCAGAGUUCAAUGCUUGGAUCAAGAAAUGUAUCUCCACUCCAUCUUUCUCAGUGAGUAUAAAUGGGAUCACCUCAGGAUAUUUUAAAGGGAAAACGGGCCUCAGGCAAGGAGAUCCUCUUUCCCCAAUUCUGUUUGUUAUGGCAAUGAACAUUCUCUCCAUUAUGUUGAACAAAGCAGCUGAGGAAGGUAUCUUCAAACUCCACCCAGACUGUGAAAAUGUUCAGCUUACUCAUCUCGCUUUCGCAGAUGAUCUGCUUAUCUUUUUGGAGGGUUCAGCAGACUCAGUUGACGGAGUGCUCAAAAUUCUCGCUCAGUUUGAAAAGAUGUCAGGUUUAGCGGUGAACAUUACUAAAACGUCAAUGUUCUGUUCCGGGGUCUCCACUCAGGUUUUGAAUGACUUGCGAAACAGAUUCUCUUUAGAGGCUGCCUCCUUACCAAUUCGGUAUUUAGGUCUCCCGCUUUCCUCUAAAAAACUCUCGGUAAAUGACUGUGAUCCCCUGAUCUCAAAAAUCAGAAUGAAGAUGAGCAGCUGGAUGCAUCGUCCUCUCAGUUUUGCAGGAAGAUUAACUCUGUUGUCUUCAGUUAUUUCGGGCUUAAUAGUGUUCUGGACUCAGGCAUUCUUUCUCCCCAAAACGGUGAUAAGGCAAAUAAACUCGUUAAGCAGUUCGUUUCUGUGGCACGGAAAACUAGACUGUCCUACGGGUGCGAAGGUUUCAUGGUCGGAGGUAUGUUAUCCAAAAGCUGAAGGAGGGCUCGGCAUCCGAUCAAUCAGUUCUUGGAACGAAGUUUGUGGUUUAAAACUUUUGUGGAUGCUGUUUUUUAAGUCUGGUUCAAUUUGGGUUGCGUGGAUGCGUAAUAGAUACUUAUCUCGGCAAAGUUUCUGGUCUCUCAACCAAGAGAACCCGUCCUUCUCUUGGACUUUUCGGAAAAUCCUAAAGCUACGUCACAAAGCCUCCUCCUUCUUGCGCAUCUUAAUUGGUUCUGGGGAGGAAACUUUCUUUUGGUGGGAUCCAUGGACACCUUUUGGUCCUCUAAUCUCUUACUUGGGACCGCAGGCUCCUGCUAUCAUUGGUAUUCCUCAGGAUGCCUUAGUUAAAGACUGUAUAUCAGACCUAAACUGGAUUCUCCCGCCAGCAAGAUCUGACCAUCACCUAGAGGUUUUCUCGUUCAUUUCCUCUGUUGCUAUUUCAAAUUCGUCAGAUUAUCCUGUUUGGAUUGUCGAGGGGUGCAUCUCUAAAGAAUUCAACAGUAAAGUGCUUUGGAAUAUUAUCAGAGAGUCUAAACCUAAAGUUCCGUGGUACAAGCUGGUGUGGAACAAUGUAGCUAUUCCAAAGCAUUCUACGAAUGCUUGGCUUUUUAUUCUUGACAGGAAUCCAACUCUAUCGCGUCUUCUCUCUUGGGGUCUAGAUGUGGAAGAAUCUUGUCUCCUUUGUGGUCAUGCCCAAGAAAGUCGUGAUCAUUUAUUCUUCUCAUGCCCUUACUCUCUUCUCAUCUGGAAGUCUGUAAUGGUUAGGAUCCGUUGUGUUUCUGUUCCUAUAUCCUGGUCCGACUCCUUACUUUGGGUGAUAUCAGGAUCAUCUUCUUCUACCAAAUCUCUUGCGAUGGCUCAAGGUUGGCAGGCCAGCAUCUAUGAGAUUUGGAGAGAGAGAAAUAGACGGUAUCAUGAAGGUAACACUUCCCCACCUAUAGCUAUUGUAAACCGCAUCUUGUCUGUCCUAAAAAACAGGGCAGUUGCGUUGAAAAGCUUGAGCUCGUGCAAAGGUGAUCCUCUUCUACGCCUCUGGGAAAUUGGUCUGUAG